AUGAAAAACAUUUCUAUUUAUUUAUCUCUUAUUUUACAUAUAAUGGAUUUGCCCGGACCAAUACAUGAUUUUCUUUUAGUCUUUCUGGGAUCGGUUCUUAUACUAGGAGGUAUGGGGGUGGUAUUAUUUACCAACCCCAUUUAUUCUGCCUUUUCAUUGGGACUGGUUCUUGUUUGUAUAUCCUUAUUCUAUAUUCUAUUAAACUCUUAUUUUGUAGCUGCUGCACAACUCCUUAUUUACGUGGGAGCUAUAAAUGUUUUAAUCGUAUUUGCUGUGAUGUUCAUGAAUGGUUCAGAAUAUUACAAAGAUUUGAAUCUUUGGACCAUUGGGGAUGUGGUUACUUUGCCAGUUUGUACAAGUAUUUUUGUUUUACUCAUGAUUAUUAUUACGGAUACGUCAUGGUACGGAAUUAUUUGGACUACAAGAUCAAACCAGAUUAUAGAGCAAGAUUUGAUAAGUAAUAGUCAACAAAUUGGAAUUCAUUUAUCAACAGAUUUUUUUCUUCCAUUUGAAUUCGUUUCGAUAAUUCUUUUAGCCGCUUUGAUAGGUGCAAUUGCCGUGGCGCGACAGUAAAAAAUUUAUAGAAUUAGCAAUGCACGUUAAACUCUGUUCGGUUUUAUUACAUUACAUUUAUUUCCCUUUAAUUAAAGAUUGUUUAUGUCUAAAAUAGAAAUUAUUCAAUCUAUUCUAUUAACAAUAGAAAAUCUGCCUUUGUUCCGUACUUUUUUUUAUUCUAGUCAAUUGAAUCUGUUGAAUUGUUGUUCAGUUCAUAUUGAAAUGAAUCGAAAUUGAUAAGGAGUUGGUCAAUGAUGCUCGAACAUGUACUUGUUUUGAGUGCCUACUUAUUUUCUAUCGGUAUCUAUGGAUUGAUCACGAGCCGGAAUAUGGUUAGAGCCCUUAUGUGUCUUGAACUUAUACUGAAUGCGGUUAAUAUGAAUUUCGUAACAUUUUCUGAUUUUUUUGAUAGUCGCCAAUUAAAA